AUGCGUUUCGUCCAGUACGUCCCGGAGCUCUUGCUCUUUUUCCGCCUUUCCCCAAAAGCUCUUGCUAUGGAGGUAGAGUAUUGCUCAGAUGGCCUGUCCGUUGUACAUGUACAACCCGAAGUCGUUUUCGAGGUCCAGCCUGUCAUUGUGAGCGCUUCCUUCAGUACCAACACCGUUCUUACUGUUGGAUGUACUGAAAUUCCCGUCACCUGUGCACCGGGAACUUUCGAGACCUCGUUUACUUUGACGGAAACUUGGACCAGAUUCUCAAGCGGGAAGCCUGAACCGCACUUUACUGGCCCUUAUGUCACCGUCACGACCCACGUUCCUGAAUCGAUCCCGACAACUAUCGUUCAACCGCCCAACCCUGGAGACGCUACCAAAACCAUCAUCAUUGUCAACCCACUACCUACUCCAAGCACGACUUUGAUUGUGCCAUCCAUGAAGGUUACAACCACUGUUUUAAGUGGACAUAAGUCAACUAGAGUCACGAUUCCCCCUUCUGGGACGCAUCCAACGGGCAUGGAUACUGUCAUUGAGCCCACGCCCAGUCCUACAAACACGACUUUCACUGUUGUUGUUACCAGUGCCGGCACUUACUUUGAAACGGCAAUUGUGACUUCGUCACCCCCAGGAACAGACCCAACUGGCACUUUCAUUGACUGGUUGUCCAGUUCCAUCACCUCUGUGCAUAAGACGACUUCGUCUUACCCAAUAUCACUUUCGAUGUCGACAGUAGUGGCGUCUAGCACGAUCAUUGGAUCCACGGCAACAAUAGAGACUACCACCGUAUAUGCCUCCCCAGACCCGACGUCAGCCAGCCCGAGUACCCCCGAGUCUCAUACAUCUUCCAAGUCCGAGUGCAUCCCAUCCGCAACUCCCACGGCCCCAUAUUGCGAGGUCACCCUUCCAAACAACUGUCGAACCCUCGAGUCAACCAACGGUCAUCAUCUUACCCCCGUGAUUGACGCUUGUAUUGUAUCACUUGGUCCCUUCGCAAACACCAAUAUCGCCACCUGCCUCACAGCAACAGUCUCGCAGUUCUCCAUCGGAGCAGACAUCGUCGGAUGUCUCCUCAAUGCGCUAGAAGGCGCAUGUAUCACUAGUCUUCCCGAGCCCUGCACAUUGGUUUCUUCUGGCAUUGAAGAUCCGCAUGGUCCUGACCUUGUUGCGAGCGUUGACCUCUGCGCUACUGCUCUGGGUCCCUUCGCAUAUGGCAAUGCCGCCCCUUGUCUCCUUACUGCAGAAAUUACCGAGUCCACACAAGCUGCAAGUAUCGUCCAAUGUUUGCAGAACGCAUUUGGCUUUGGACCGGAAAAGGAUAUCGUCAAUGGGAGUGAACGUUGUAAUGAGCCGGAACCGUACCCAGCUCCCUACGCCAUAGCGUAG